GUCGACGUGUAAAGACUCAAAGACUGCGCUGUCGUCGCAUCGCAAACGAGGCCCUUUGUGACGCUCAUGGCGUCCAGAUCACGUGCGCUGCUGCAUGUGGGACCGCGUCCCAAUUGGGGUGCCAAAGCUCGCGGAGGAUUGGGGGGGGUCCAAACAUUUGACCACCGAUCUCAACGCCGCAACACAUCCUGAAGAAACAAUCGCAUCCUCGACCCUCACACUCGACAAGUCCUGCACAGCCAUUGCCAACAUGGACAAGGUGCAGUCUUUCUGGAAAAGUUCAACCUCGGGGGUGCUGCCUGGCCUGGCCAGAAUGCAGCAGUCCGUGAAGGAGCAGCUUGGUCAGGCGGACGAUAAAACCGAGAUGCCCGAUGAAUACAUCAAGCUUGAGAAGCGGGUAGACGCUUUGAAGCAGGUUCACCAGAAAAUGCUCCAAGUCACUUCGCAAUACACCAAUGAAGCAUACGAUUACCCCUCGAACCUUCGCGAGUCCUUCAACGAUCUCGGUCGUACGGUCUCGGAAAAAGUCACCCUCCUUGGCCAGGCAAGCUCACCAGCUGAAGCUGCCGCCGCUAUGACUGCACCCCCACAAGCGAAGCCCCAGCCAAAGACCUUCAAUCAUGCCAUGGCACGUGCUGCUCUGUCUGCUUCACACACUCUCAACAGCGCUCCGCACGAUGGUCAAGAAGAUCCACUUGCAACGGCACUAGAGAAGUUUGCCAUUGCCGAAGAGAAGAUUGGCGAAGCAAGGCUGGCACAAGAUAGUGCCAUCCAAGCACGCUAUCUGGCGGGCUGGAGCACCACUCUCAACACUCAGAUCAAGUUCGCUACCAAUGCUCGAAGAAAUGUCGAGAACGCCCGUCUCAGCUUGGACGCGACCAAGUCAAAGAUCAAAAGCGGCCCUGGCAUCAGCCUGCCUGGCUCUCACAGAGAGUCCAUCAGCGACGAGGACCUGACCGAUGCGCAAAGAGCCGAGAUUGAGGCCAAAGAGGAUGAAUUCGUCGCGCAGACGGAGGAGGCGGUCGGCGUGUUCAAGAAUGUGCUCGACACACCAGAGCCGCUACGAAACCUGGCCGAGCUCAUCGCCGCGCAGCUGGAAUUCCACAAGAAGGCAUAUGAGAUUCUAAGCGAGUUGAGCCCCGUGGUCGAUCAACUGCAGACGGAGCAAGAGGUGAGUCGCCACCAGCCCUUUAGUGUUUAGACAUGUCUUCUCAGUAUAAUGACGUCGGUGCGCUUUGCUUUGUUCGCGCAACUGAGAAAUGAAAACCUCCUGACUUGUCCCAGGCUACUUAUAGGAAGAGCCGUGAGGGAGCGUAGAUGUACAUUCUAAAAAAGCCUGAUGGCAUUGUGCUUUUCUAACCUUGUGCUUGACUACAACAUGAAGAGGAUUUCGUUGCUGUAUGCGUCUGGCCUGGAAUAUGGCUUGAAGCUGAAGGAAGCACCUAGGAUAGUGCCGGAAGGCGUUCUUGAAUCCUCAUUUAAUUCUUCUGAUAGUCCAUAACGUGAGCCUUCUCAUUGAUCCA